AAAACAGCACAACUUUGAGGAGUAGUUAAAACCUCUCUUCCUGUUAUUGAAUUAGAAAUCUAUAAUUGCUCAAUACAUGAACCUUGUCGUCUGUGUCUAGCAAUGGCCUGUGCUAACACUUCCUGGUCUGAAGAGAACUUUUCAUGUUCCAUCUGUCUGGAUGUGUUCAACAGUCCAGUUACCACCGCAUGCGGACACAACUUCUGCAGAACCUUGAAGACGUUCACUGCUCUGAUAGGCUGUGUUGAAAAGGGCCGGGAUGAAUUCAACCAAACGGUGAAAGAGAAACUGAAAUCCACAGUGAAACGAGCUGAAGACCGCAUCAAAGAGCUGGAGCAGGAAAUAGAAGAUCUGACCAAUAGAAGCUCAGAGGUGAAGCGGCUCUCACACACUGAAGACCACCUCCACUUCCUCCAGGCCUUCAGAUCCCUGAAGGAUCCUCCACCCACCAGGGACUGGACCACGGUGGAGGUCCGUCCUCCGUCAUACGUAGGGACCUUGAGGAGAUCCCUGGAUCAGUUGGAGGAGACACUGAACAUGGAGAUGAAGAAGCUGCGUGAUGCUGAACUGAAGAGGGUCCAGCAGUAUGAAGUAGAUGUGACUCUGGAUCCUGAUACAGCUCAUCCCAGGCUCAUCCUGUCUGAGGAUGGGAAACAAGUACAUGAUGGAGGUGUGUGGAAGGAACUCCCAGACAACCCUAAGAGAUUUACAAAGUAUCCAUUUGUUCUCACGAGGCAGAGCUUCUCCUCAGGGAGAUUUUACUUUGAGGUCCAGGUUAAAGACAAGACUGAGUGGUGGUUAGGAGUGGCCAGAGAGUCCAUCGACAGAACAGGUGGGAACUGGGGGACCCUUGAGACGGGUUACUGGACUCUUUGGUACUACGAUGGUGGGUUGGUAUUUGAGGAUAACCCUGCUGUCCCUCUCCCACUGAGAGCUGGGCUCCAGAAGGUGGGGGUGUUUGUUGAUUAUGAUGAGGGUCUGGUCUCCUUCUAUGAUGUGGAAGCCAGGGUUCAUAUCUACUCUGCUACUGGCUGCACCUUCACUGAGCCUCUCUAUCCAAUCCUCGGUCCAUGGUUUCAUGAAGAAGGUACAAACUCUGCCCCCCUGAUCAUCUCACCUGUCAAUCAAACAGACUAGGACCUUUGUUUGAUAAUAAAAUAAUCAAACGACCAAAACAACUAAUGUUGUUUCCUGAAUUAGAAUAGAAUUAGAAUCUCUACUAUGAGAGAUCUGAGAGAUCUGCAUUAAUGUCAUACUGCUGUCAUUUAACGAGGAGAAUAUUUUUAAGAAUUAACCCUGUAGUUGUGUAAUAUAACCCUUUAUAAAGGGUUAUAUUACAGUUCAUUUAUGUAUCUGUUUUCCCUUUAUUUAUUUUACAUGCUUAAAGAUAUAGGGCCGAUUGAUAAAGAUAUACAAUUUGUUGCAGUUAUGUAGAACAUGUUAAGAGGAUUAACAUGUUUUAAUAAUAAUUCAUUUUUUUAACGUUUCUAUUGGUUUUAACUUUUGAAAAUGUAUUGACAAAACAAUUCAAUGUUCUUAAACUUGUGAUUUUAAGAAAAAGAAAAGGCAAAUUUUGUAAUGUUUAGGCCUACAUUAUCAUUGUAAUGGAUCAUUUCAGGGGAAAAGAUACAUUCCAGUCCAUUAUUGUUUAGUAUAAAUACUGUUUCUGUAUUAAAAAAAGUGUAAUACAAAAAAUAAAAUUGUUUAAUUGUAAAACCCUUAUUUUGAUGAUUUAGAG